AUGGAUUACGAAUCUGCUCAAUCUAAAGAUUUUUCAUAUUCAUUCUGUUUAACCAAAGAUUUGAAUUUUCCAUUAAGAGUCCGAAUCUCAGCUCUUGAAGGAACUCGAGAAAAAAAACAAUUCACUACAUUACUCGAAGAACCUUCCCUAAAAUUUACUGGUUUGCAAACUAGCGAUUAUUCCGAAUUAUAUGUAACUUGUCAAUUAUAUGCUGAUAAUAAACCAUUGACUAUACCCAUCCGAACUUCAUAUAAAACGUUCAAGAAUCAUUGGCUUUGGAAUGAAUGGCUCACAAUUCCUGUAAAAUUUCGUGAUUUACCUGCAACUGCCCAACUCGCCUUCACAGUAUGGGACAUUUAUGGACCACGUAAAGUUGUUCCUAUAGGUGGGACUACAUUUCGACUUUUUGGAAAACACAACACACUGAGAAAAGGAAAACACAAGUUGUUUCUUUGGCCUGACGUUGAAGCUGAUGGUCGUGAUCAUACAACUACACCAAGUAAGGUUGGUGAAGAGGAUGAAAUGGAUCGGUUAGAGAAGCUUGUUAAAAGGUAUGAGAGAAAAGAAAUGCCCAGGCUUGAAUGGUUAGAUCACCUUGCAUUCCGACAACUUGAGAAAAUUCACGAGUUCGAUUUUCCACUAGUAUUCAGCGAACCGGAAUAUUCGUUACCAGUAGUUUCAAUGACCCCGGUGAAUGGGCAAACACAACCUACACCGUUAUCUUCAUCGUCUGAGUCAAACCUGGUAUUGAUCAUGGAUCCCGAAAUUACUGGGGAAAAUCCAGUUGAAGCAAAGCAUAGGCGUUUAGUGAGAAGUCAUCGAAAUGGAUCACUUGAUCGAGACUUAAAACCGAAUGCCAAGUUACGUGAUGAGCUUAAUGAAAUUUUGAAAUAUCCUCCUACUCAACCUUUGACAGAAGAAGAAAAGGAUAAUAUUUGGAAGUAUAGAUUUUAUCUUACUCGUGAAAAGAGGGCACUUACAAAAUUUUUGAAAUGUGUAGUGUGGACAGAUCCAACGGAAGCUAAGCAGGCUGUUGAAUUGUUGUUCAAAUGGGUUGACAUUGAUUUAGAUGAUGCUCUUGAAUUGUUGGGAGCGAAUUUUGAGAAUCGAGCAGUUCGUAGAUAUGCUGUCAGUCAAUUGAAGAAGGCCGAUGACGAUGAAUUAUUAUUGUAUCUAUUGCAACUUGUACAAGCCCUGAAAUUUGAAAACAUAAGUGAAAAGUCCAGCUCAUCAUAUGAAUCAAGUUUAGCAGAGUUUUUAAUUGAAAGAGCUGUUAAGAACCCAAUACUUGGAAAUAAUUUUCAUUGGUACCUUAUGGUUGAAUGUGAAGAUAAAGUUGUUGGUAAAAUGUAUGCUAAAGUUGCUUAUCAAUUUAUGAUAGCCAUAACGGAGAUCCCUAAUGGAUUUCAACGAAGAGAUAUACUUCGUAGACAAGGAGAACUAGUUGCUAUAUUAUCGUCUAUUUCCAAAGAGAUUCGUACUAUGAAAGACAUAAGGCCAAAAAAGAUUGAUAGAUUGAGAGCUUUAAUAUCGGAUCCUAAAUAUGGACUUUUGCAAUUUUCCCCUUUACCUUUGCCUCUUGACGCACGCAUCCACGUGACUGGAAUUAUUUCAGAAUUAGCAACGGUUUUCAAAAGUAACUUGUUUCCAUUACGGUUGACAUUCUCUUUAGUCGAUGGUGACGAGUAUCCCGUAAUUUUCAAAACCGGAGAUGACCUUCGUCAGGAUCAACUUGUCAUUCAAAUUAUCACACUCAUGGAUAAGCUUUUACGAAAGGAGAAUUUGGAUCUAAAGUUGACUCCAUACAAAGUCCUCGCCACUGGUUCAGAUCAUGGUUUAAUGCAAUUCAUCCCAUCAUUUUCAUUAGCCAAUGUAUUAAGCGAAUAUAAUGGCAGCCUUUUGAUGUUCUUUAAAGCUCAUCAUCCAGAGGAAAAGGCAACAUAUGGAAUUAGUCCUGCAGUUAUGGAUACUUAUGUUAAGAGUUGUGCUGGAUAUUGUGUUAUUACAUAUUUAUUGGGAGUAGGCGACCGACAUUUGGAUAAUUUGUUACUUACACCUGAUGGUAAAUUAUUCCAUGUUGAUUUUGGAUUUAUUUUGGGAAGAGAUCCUAAGCCUUUUCCACCACCAAUGAAACUUUGUAAAGAAAUGGUUGAAGCGAUGGGAGGAGCGAAUUCCAUUCAUUAUCAACGAUUCAAAAGUUAUUGCUAUAUUGCUUUUAACAUCUUGAGGAAAAAUGCAAAUUUGAUUCUUAAUUUAUUUGCUUUAAUGGUUGACGCAAAUGUACCUGAUAUUAAAAUUGAACCUGAUAAGGCUGUCUGGAAGGUUCAAGAGAAAUUUAGAUUAGAUCUAUCAGAAGAAGAAGCCAUUAAAUAUUUCCAAAAUUUAAUUAACGAAUCAGUUAAUGCAAUGUUUCCACAAGUUAUUGAAACCAUACAUAAAUGGGCUCAGUACUGGAGAAAAUAA